CUUCCACUUCUUGUCGCCUCACACAACUCUCUCUCUCUCUCCUCCAAAAAAAGAAGAGAGAGACUGUACCGACCUCUCAACAGCGUCAUGGCCAAACCAUUAGCACCUGUCAGACCAAAACCCUAGCCUUUUUCCAAAUCCAUAAAUACCCCUCCCUCUCUUCCGUCUCACGCUUGCAAAAUCUCUCUCUCUCUCUCAAACCUAAAAACACCCCUGCUCCUUGCCAAAACCACAAGCUAAUCACCAUCUCUCUCCAUCCGAUUCCAUUCUUUUCCGCACCCAAGCUCGAAUCGCUGUUUAUUGCACUUUAUGCUUCCGACAAAGAGACUUGCUGAAGGCGCGGUUGUAGAAGACGACUCUGGUACUGACAGAGAGAGAUCGCUCAAGAAGCAUCGGAUCGGUUGCUUGAUCACGGCUACGGGGAAAACGGCGGCGGCGAACGACGGCAACAAGAGCGAAAGCAGCAACAACAACAGCGGCGUGAUCAUCGGUAGCAGCAACAGCGGCGGCGGCUGUAGCGGCGUGGUAGAGAUGGCGUUUGGGAACGGGAAUCAGACGGACAUCGACGAGGAUCUGCACAGCAGACAGCUGGCGGUGUACGGACGCGAGACUAUGCGGAGGCUUUUCGCUUCUAACAUCCUUGUAUCGGGGAUGCGAGGCCUCGGUGCUGAAAUCGCGAAGAAUCUUGUACUUGCUGGUGUGAAGUCUGUCACAUUGCAUGACGAAGGGGCAGUGGAGUUGUGGGAUUUGUCCAGCAAUUUCGUUUUUUCUGAAAAUGAUGUUGGUAAGAACAGGGCCCUUGCAUGUGUUCAGAAGUUGCAGGAGCUCAACAAUGCUGUGGUCAUUUCUACCUUAACCACAAAAUUGACAAAAGAACUGCUUUCCGAUUUCCAGGCUGUGGUUUUUACUGACAUUACUCAAGACAAAGCCAUUGAGUUCAAUGAUUUCUGCCGUAAUCAUCAUCCUCGUAUUUCAUUCAUCAAGGCUGAAGUUAGAGGCCUCUUUGGAAGUGUGUUUUGUGAUUUUGGACCUGAGUUCACAGUUUUGGAUGUGGAUGGUGAAGAACCACACACGGGUAUCAUUGCAUCCAUCAGUAAUGAUAACCCUGCCCUCGUGUCUUGUGUUGAUGAUGAAAGGCUUGAGUUUCAGGAUGGGGAUCUUGUUGUGUUCUCAGAAGUUAGGGGAAUGACAGAACUCAAUGAUGGAAAGCCAAGAAAGAUAAAAAAUGCAAGGCCUUACUCAUUCACUCUUGAAGAGGAUACUUCGAGCUUUGGUGCGUAUGAGAGAGGUGGUAUUGUCACACAGGUGAAGCAACCCAAGGUGUUGAACUUUAAGUCGUUGAGAGAAGCACUCAAAGACCCUGGUGAUUUUCUCCUUAGUGAUUUCUCCAAGUUUGACCGCCCACCUUUGUUGCACUUGGCAUUUCAAGGACUGGACAAGUUCAUUUCUGAACACGGACGCUUUCCUGUGGCUGCCUCCGAAGAGGAUGCACAGAAUCUGGUAUCUAUAGUGAGUGACAUCAAUGAGGGCGCUGGAGAUGGAAAACUGGAUGAUAUUAAUCCGAAACUUUUGCGGUCCUUUUCCUUUGGUGCCCGCGCGGUUCUGAAUCCCAUGGCUGCCAUGUUUGGCGGUAUCGUUGGGCAGGAGGUUAUGAAGGCAUGCUCUGGAAAGUUUCACCCACUUUUCCAGUUCUUCUACUUUGACUCAGUUGAAUCACUGCCCACAGAGCCUUUAGAGCCCAGCGAUUAUAGACCAUUGAAUUGCCGUUACGAUGCACAGAUUUCAGUUUUUGGGUCUAAACUUCAGAAAAAACUGGAAGAUGCCCAAGUUUUUGUUGUAGGAUCUGGUGCGCUAGGCUGUGAGUUUUUAAAGAACUUAGCUCUGAUGGGAGUUUCAUGCAAUGGACAAGGGAAGCUAACAAUUACAGAUGACGAUGUCAUUGAGAAGAGUAACCUCAGUAGACAGUUUCUGUUUCGUGAUUGGAACAUUGGGCAGGCAAAAUCUACUGUUGCUGCUUCAGCUGCUGCAGCUAUAAAUUCUCAUCUCCGUAUAGAAGCUUUGCAGAAUCGUGUGGGUCCUGAGACUGAGAAUGUCUUUGAUGAUACUUUCUGGGAGAACCUAACUGUUGUUAUUAAUGCCCUCGACAAUGUCAAUGCUAGGCUUUAUGUUGACCAGAGAUGCUUAUAUUUCCAGAAGCCACUUCUUGAGUCAGGAACCCUAGGUGCAAAAUGUAACACUCAGAUGGUCAUUCCUCACCUGACGGAGAACUAUGGUGCCUCAAGAGAUCCACCAGAGAAGCAAGCACCAAUGUGCACCGUUCACUCUUUCCCUCACAACAUCGACCACUGCUUGACGUGGGCCCGAUCAGAGUUUGAGGGCUUGCUUGAGAAAACCCCUGCUGAAGUGAAUGCGUUCCUUUCGAAUCCAAGUGAGUAUGCUUCUGCAAUGAGGAAUGCUGGUGAUGCACAAGCCAGAGAUAAUUUGGAACGUGUUCUGGAGUGCCUUGACAGAGAAAGAUGCGAAACAUUCCAAGACUGCAUAACCUGGGCUCGUAUAAAGUUUGAAGAUUAUUUUGCUAACCGGGUGAAGCAGUUGGCUUAUACUUUCCCAGAGGAUGCUGCAACCAGUACUGGGGCUCCAUUUUGGUCAGCCCCCAAGCGUUUUCCCCGCCCGUUGCCGUUCUCUACUGCUGAUCCCAGCCACCUCCAUUUCCUCAUGGCAGCUUCGGUACUACGGGCGGAGACGUUUGGCAUUCCAAUUCCUGAUUGGGUCAGGAACCCUAGUAAGUUGGCUGAAACUGUGGAUAGAGUGAUGGUUCCUGAGUUUCAACCCAAGCAAGAUGUGAAGAUUGUGACUGAUGAAAAGGCUACCAGUCUGUCCACUGCAUCUAUAGAUGACGCAGCAGUCAUCAAUGAACUACUCACGAAGCUAGAACAGUUCCGUGCAAAUCUGCAACCUGGCUUCAGGAUGAAACCAAUUCAGUUUGAGAAGGACGAUGAUACAAAUUACCACAUGGACAUGAUAGCUGGUCUGGCUAACAUGAGGGCGAGAAACUACAGUAUUCCUGAAGUGGACAAGCUGAAGGCCAAAUUCAUUGCUGGAAGGAUCAUCCCCGCCAUAGCAACCUCCACGGCAAUGGCCACAGGUCUAGUAUGCCUCGAGCUGUACAAGGUUCUAGAUGGGGGGCACAAAGUGGAGGACUACCGCAACACGUUUGCAAACUUAGCUCUCCCUCUCUUUUCGAUGGCGGAGCCAGUCGCACCUAAAGUUGUAAACCACAGAGACAUGAGCUGGACCGUGUGGGACAGGUGGAUUGUUAAGGACAAUCCCACUCUGAGGGAGCUUCUUAAGUGGCUUUCAGACAAGGGGCUGAAUGCAUAUAGUAUUUCGUGCGGAAGCUGCUUGCUUUAUAAUAGCAUGUUCCCUCGUCACAAAGAGCGGUUGGACAAGAAGAUGGUGGAUUUGGCUAGGGAUGUGGCCAAGUUGGAGCUGCCGCCAUAUCGUCGCCACUUUGAUGUCGUGGUGGCUUGUGAGGAUGACGAUGAUAAUGAUAUCGACAUCCCUCAAGUAUCCAUUUACUUCCGGUAGAUUUUCUUGGAUAGUUCCAAGAUGCUUUUAGAUAAGCAACUUUAGGUCAUCACUCUCUAUUGAUAUGGGUAUUUCGAGUCUGGUGGUCAGUUUAUGAUGAGCACAUAAAAUGGAUGUUUCCUGCUACAGCUUCAUAUUACAUAUAUAACUCGAAAGUUACAUUGAA